AUGGUUGGGAAAAUUUGAAAUAAUUUCUUAAAAAAAGAUAUAUUAGGGUAAAAAGGGGAAAAUCUAAUUGAAUUAAAAAUAAACAGACCAUAUUUAAUCGUUUUUAGAGAAUGAUGAGUUUAUAUCUUUAAAAAGUAAUGAUGCUUUAAGAAAUCUGAGCAUAAAUUUAUAAAAACUGUGGAGCGUUGAAAAGUACAGCAACAUGAUGAGGUAAAUCUAUUUAAACAAAUUGGUGGUAACUCCAUAUAUGAUGGAAAUUGUAGUUUAAGUGUUGCCCGAAAUGAUCAUUAAAGAAACUGCGAUAAAUAAUUUGAAAUAAAAUUGUAUAAAUAUUUUUUCGUAGAAGCUCAAAGCGUUGUACAUAAGUAAAUAUUUGAUUGAAAUGUAUCAAUAACAAUUGAACAAGCUUGUGACUUCAAACAAUGGAGAUGAAACUCUUAGAAAGUUAUAUUGUUUGAUAUAGAAAAUUUAGAAAAACUAAUCUUUCUAGAAAUUGCUGUCUUAUUUUUGGAAAAAAAUAGAAUAAAACCCAAUUCUAAAACAAACCUAGUAGUGUUCUUAAGAAAAUACUGAAUUAAAGGCUUAACUCUUGUAAGUAUUCGAACAUUUGGAAUUAGAUUAUUUAUUAGAUAAAGUUGCAAUUCAAAAAGAAAAAAAAGAGAGAAGCUGUUAUUGAAGCAGUUAUUGAUGCAUUAAAAGAAUUGAAUCUUUCAAGUUAUGAUUUUUAUGAUGAGUUUAUAAAUUAACAUCAUUAGAAAUAAAUAGAAAAGUAGAGAAAAUUAGGAAAAUCUAUUAAUAUUGAUCUUUUUCUACAUGAUCUAAAACAAUAUUCAACUAACCUUGCGAAAGCUAUGAGCAUGAAUUAAAUGACUUAAGUAUAAUAUUAACAAUAAGGAUUAUUGUAUAAAGAAGAAAAAGAAAAGGAAAAAUGGCUCAAUGAUUUUUUUAAUGAUGAUGAUUAAUUUGGAUCUUAUAGAAAAGAUAUACGAAGCUGUUCACUUGUGUAAUAAAAUGGAGCUAACUUUUAAUUUGUCCAUAAAUCUAUAUAAGAGUUCUUAAUUGCUGCUGAUUUAUAUGAAGUGUUAGUUUAAUCAAAAGAUUUUGAUAUUUAAAUAUUGAAUAUACUAUAGUAGAACUGUUGUAAAAAAAAAUAAUCAAGAAUAGGAUUGCUAAAAUUUUCUAUCAAAUGUAUUCGUAACAAAUUCCAAAAAUUAUAAUUCACUAGAAAAUAUAUCACUUAUGGAAAAACAAACGUAAAGUGAUGCUGUUUCAUAGACUGUUAAUUCAAUUACUCGUUUGAUCAAAACCAUAAAAAAACACGAAAUUAGUUUUCUUAAUUAUUCCACUGAAAUAUAUGCUGAAACAAGAUAAUACCUCAUUUAAAAAAUAUCAUAAGAAACGAGAAUAAUAGAAUUUUUGAAAUUCUUAGUUCAUCUAACCAAAAUAGAUUAUACUCUUAUAAUUUGUGGAUCUAAUGCAAUUAAUAUAUUGGUUGAAAUGAAAGUGGAUCUAACAAACUAAAAUUUCUAAAAUAUAAGAAUUUAAAAUACUUCUUUAUUUG